GUGACGCGCACCUCUAUAGGACCUGAGCGCCUCGGCCCGAGGCCCCAGCCCGUCAUGCCACUGCCACGUCUGAGCCUGCGGGUGCUCCUGCCGCCGCCGCCUCCGCUGCUGCUGCUGCCGCUACUGCUGCUGCUGCUGCUCAGGGGCGCGCAGGGGGCAGCGGGGGCGCCCCGGGCAGACGGGGGGCAGCAGCCCACCUUCCGCACCUUCUUGGCCAGUGACUGGGGCCUGACCCACCUGGUGGUCCACGAGCAGACCGGCGAGGUAUACGUGGGCGCGGUGAACCGCAUCUACAAGCUGUCGGGGAACCUCACGCUGCUGCGGGCACACGUGACGGGGCCCGUGGAGGACAACGAGAAGUGCUACCCGCCCCCCAGCGUGCAGUCGUGCCCGCACGGUCUGGGCAGCACCGACAACGUCAACAAGCUGCUGCUCCUGGACUAUGCCGCCAACCGCCUGCUGGCCUGCGGCAGCGCCUCACAGGGCAUCUGCCAGUUCCUGCGGCUGGACGACCUGUUCAAGCUGGGCGAGCCGCACCACCGCAAGGAGCACUACCUGUCCAGCGUGCGCGAGGCAGGCAGCAUGGCCGGCGUGCUGAUUGCGGGGCCGCUGGGCCAGGGCCAGGCCAAGCUCUUUGUGGGCACGCCCAUCGAUGGCAAGUCCGAGUACUUUCCCACGCUGUCCAGCCGCCGACUCAUGGCCAACGAGGAGGACGCCGACAUGUUUGGCUUCGUGUACCAAGACGAGUUCGUGUCGUCGCAGCUCAAGAUCCCCUCGGACACGCUGUCCAAGUUCCCAGCCUUCGACAUCUACUACGUGUACAGUUUCCGCAGCGAGCAGUUUGUCUACUACCUCACCCUGCAGCUGGACACGCAGCUCACCUCGCCCGAUGCCGCCGGGGAGCACUUCUUCACCUCCAAGAUCGUGCGGCUGUGUGUGGACGACCCCAAGUUCUACUCGUACGUUGAGUUCCCCAUCGGCUGUGAGCAGGCGGGUGUGGAGUACCGCCUGGUGCAGGAUGCCUACCUGAGCCGGCCCGGCCGUGCCCUGGCCCGCCAGCUGGGCCUGGCCGAGGACGAGGACGUGCUGUUCACCGUGUUCGCGCAGGGCCAGAAGAACCGCGUGAAGCCGCCCAAGGAGUCCGUGCUGUGCCUCUUCACGCUCAGGGCCAUCAAGGAGAAGAUCAAGGAGCGCAUCCAGUCCUGCUACCGCGGUGAGGGCAAGCUCUCGCUGCCCUGGCUGCUCAACAAGGAGCUGGGCUGCAUCAACUCGCCCCUGCAGAUCGAUGACGAUUUCUGUGGCCAGGACUUCAACCAGCCCCUGGGGGGCACGGUCACGAUCGAGGGCACUCCCCUCUUCGUGGACAAGGAUGAUGGCCUGACCGCUGUGGCCGCCUACGACUACCGGGGCCGCACUGUGGUGUUUGCCGGCACGCGCAGCGGCCGCAUCCGCAAGAUCCUGGUGGACCUGGCGAACCCUGGUGGCCGGCCGGCCCUGGCUUACGAGAGUGUGGUGGCCCAAGAGAACAGCCCCAUCCUGCGCGACCUGGUCCUCAGCCCCGACCGCCAGUACCUCUAUGCUAUGACGGAGAAGCAGGUGACUCGUGUGCCUGUGGAGAGCUGCGUGCAAUAUACGUCAUGCGAGCUGUGCCUGGGGUCACGGGACCCCCAUUGUGGCUGGUGUGUCCUGCACAGCAUCUGCUCACGGCAAGACGCCUGCGAGCGGGCAGAUGAGCCCCAGCGCUUCGCCUCGGACCUGCUGCAGUGCGUGCAGCUGAUGGUACAGCCUCGCAACGUUUCAGUCACUAUGUCUCAGGUUCCGCUCGUGCUGCAGGCCUGGAACGUGCCUGACCUUUCGGCUGGUGUCAACUGCUCCUUUGAGGACUUCACCGAGUCUGAGAGCAUCCUGGAGGACGGUCGGAUCCACUGCCGCUCACCUUCCGCUCGGGAGGUGGCACCCAUCACACGAGGCCAGGGUGACCAGCGGGUGGUCAAGCUUUACCUAAAGUCUAAGGAGACGGGCAAGAAGUUCGCGUCCGUGGACUUCGUCUUCUACAACUGCAGCGUCCACCAGUCCUGCCUGUCCUGUGUCAAUGGCUCCUUCCCCUGCCACUGGUGCAAGUACCGUCACGUGUGCACGCACAACGCCGCCGACUGCGCCUUUCUGGAGGGCCGUGUCAAUGUGUCUGAGGACUGUCCUCAGAUCCUGCCCUCCACCCAGAUCUACGUGCCAGUGGGCGUGGUGAAGCCCAUCACCCUGGCUGCUCGCAACUUGCCACAGCCCCAGUCCGGCCAGCGUGGCUAUGAGUGCCUCUUCCACAUCCCGGGAAGCCCAGCACGCGUCACUGCCCUGCGCUUCAACAGCUCCAGCCUGCAGUGCCAGAACUCCUCGUAUUCCUACGAGGGCAAUGAUGUCAGCGACCUGCCUGUGAACCUGUCAGUGGUGUGGAACGGCAACUUCGUCAUUGACAACCCUCAGAACAUCCAGGCCCACCUGUACAAGUGCCCAGCCCUGAGGGAGAGCUGCGGCCUCUGCCUCAAGGCCGACCCACGCUUCGAGUGCGGCUGGUGUGUGGCCGAGCGCCGCUGCUCCCUGCGCCCCCACUGCCCCGGCGACUCGCCCGCUGCCUGGAUGCACGCCCGCCAUGGCAGCAGCCGCUGCACCGACCCCAAGAUCCUUAAGCUGUUCCCUGAGACGGGCCCGCGGCAGGGAGGCACGCGGCUCACCAUCACGGGUGAGAACCUGGGCCUGCGCUUCGAAGAUGUGCGGCUGGGCGUGCGUGUGGGCAAGGUGCUGUGCAGCCCCGUGGAGAACGAGUACAUCAGCGCCGAGCAGAUCGUCUGCGAGAUCGGGGAUGCCAGCACGGUGCGGGCUCACGACGCCCUGGUGGAGGUGUGUGUGCGAGACUGCUCCCCCCACUACCGGGCCUUGUCCCCCAAGCGCUUCACCUUUGUGACUCCAACCUUCUAUCGGGUGAGCCCUGCACGAGGGCCUCUCUCGGGAGGCACGUGGAUUGGCAUCGAGGGCAGCCACCUGAACGCAGGCAGUGAUGUGGCUGUGUCUGUUGGCGGCAGGCCUUGCUCCUUCUCCUGGAGGAAUUCCAGAGAGAUCCGGUGUCUGACGCCCCCUGGGCAGAGCCCUGGCAGCGCUCCCAUCGUCAUCAACAUCAACCGUGCUCAGCUCACCAACCCGGAGGUGAAGUACAACUAUACGGAAGACCCCACCAUCCUCAAGAUUGAUCCUGAGUGGAGCAUCAACAGCGGAGGGACCCUGCUAACGGUCACGGGCACCAACUUGGCCACCAUCCGUGAACCUCGUAUCCGGGCCAAGUAUGGAGGCGUUGAGAGGGAGAACAGCUGUCUGGUGUACAACGACACCACCAUGGUGUGCCGCGCCCCAUCAGUGGACAACCCGAGCCGCAGCCCGCCAGAGCUGGGGGAGCGGCCAGACGAGCUGGGCUUCGUCAUGGAUGACGUGCGGGCCCUGCUGGUGCUCAAUGCCUCCUCUUUCGUCUAUUACCCCGACCCUGUGCUGGAGCCGCUCAGCCCCACCGGCCUCCUGGAACUGAAGCCCAGCUCCCCGCUCAUCCUCAAGGGCCGGAACCUCCUGCCGCCCGCGCCUGGCAAUUCACGGCUCAACUACACGGUGCUCAUCGGCUCCACACCCUGCGCCCUCACUGUGUCAGAGACGCAGCUGCUCUGCGAGUCACCCAACCUCACAGGGCAGCACAAGGUCACGGUCCGGGCUGGCGGCUUUGAAUUCUCACCAGGGAUGCUGCAGGUGUACUCAGACAGCCUACUGACACUCCCUGCCAUCGUUGGCAUUGGCGGAGGUGGAGGCCUCCUGCUGCUGGUCAUCGUAGCCGUGCUCAUCGCCUAUAAGCGCAAGUCUCGGGAUGCUGACCGCACCCUCAAGCGGCUGCAGCUGCAGAUGGACAACCUGGAGUCCCGCGUGGCCCUGGAGUGCAAGGAAGCCUUUGCGGAACUGCAGACAGACAUCCAUGAGCUGACCAAUGACCUGGAUGGUGCCGGCAUCCCGUUUCUCGACUACCGGACGUAUGCCAUGCGAGUGCUCUUCCCUGGGAUCGAGGACCAUCCAGUGCUCAAGGAGAUGGAGGUGCAAGCCAACGUGGAGAAGUCACUGACACUGUUUGGGCAGCUGCUCACCAAGAAGCACUUCCUGCUGACCUUCAUCCGCACACUCGAGGCCCAGCGCAGCUUCUCUAUGCGAGACCGUGGGAACGUGGCCUCGCUCAUCAUGACGGCCCUGCAGGGUGAGAUGGAGUACGCCACGGGGGUGCUCAAGCAGCUGCUAUCCGACCUCAUCGAGAAGAACCUAGAGAGCAAGAACCACCCCAAGCUGCUGCUGCGGCGGACCGAGUCAGUGGCGGAGAAGAUGCUGACCAACUGGUUCACCUUCCUUUUGUAUAAGUUCCUAAAGGAGUGUGCAGGGGAGCCUCUCUUCAUGCUUUACUGCGCCAUCAAGCAGCAGAUGGAGAAGGGCCCCAUUGACGCCAUCACGGGCGAGGCCCGCUACUCCCUGAGUGAGGACAAGCUCAUCCGGCAGCAAAUCGACUACAAGACCCUGACCCUAAACUGCGUGAACCCUGAGAAUGAGAAUGCGCCCGAGGUGCCCGUGAAAGGACUGAACUGUGACACAGUGACGCAGGUCAAGGAGAAGCUGCUGGAUGCCGUGUACAAGGGGGUACCCUACUCCCAGCGGCCGAAGGCUGGGGACAUGGACCUGGAGUGGCGCCAGGGCCGCAUGGCACGCAUCAUUCUGCAGGAUGAGGAUGUUACUACCAAGAUCGACAACGAUUGGAAGAGGCUGAACACACUGGCUCACUACCAGGUGACAGAUGGGUCCUCCGUGGCCCUGGUGCCCAAGCAGACGUCCGCCUACAACAUCUCCAACUCGUCUACCUUCACCAAGUCCCUCAGCAGAUACGAGAGCAUGCUGCGCACAGCCAGCAGCCCCGACAGCCUACGCUCACGCACACCCAUGAUCACGCCCGACCUGGAGAGUGGCACCAAGCUGUGGCACCUGGUGAAGAAUCACGACCACCUGGACCAGCGGGAGGGCGACCGAGGCAGCAAGAUGGUCUCAGAGAUCUAUCUGACGCGGCUGCUAGCCACCAAAGGCACUCUGCAGAAGUUUGUGGACGACCUGUUCGAGACUAUCUUCAGCACAGCGCACCGUGGCUCGGCCCUGCCGCUGGCCAUCAAGUACAUGUUCGACUUCCUGGAUGAGCAGGCUGACCAGCACCAGAUCCAUGACUCAGAUGUGCGUCACACCUGGAAGAGCAACUGCUUGCCUCUGCGCUUCUGGGUGAACGUGAUCAAGAACCCGCAGUUCGUGUUCGACAUCCACAAGAGCAGUAUCACGGAUGCCUGCUUGUCAGUGGUGGCCCAGACUUUCAUGGACUCCUGUUCCACGUCCGAGCACAAGUUGGGCAAGGACUCGCCCUCCAACAAACUACUCUAUGCUAAGGACAUCCCCAAUUACAAGAGCUGGGUGGAGAGGUACUACGCUGACAUCGCCAAGAUGCCUGCCAUUAGUGACCAGGACAUGAGCGCCUACCUGGCCGAGCAGUCGCGGCUGCACCUGAGCCAGUUCAACAGCAUGAGCGCCUUGCAUGAGAUCUACUCCUACAUCACCAAGUACAAGGAUGAGAUCCUGACAGCCCUGGAGAAGGAUGAGCAGGCUCGGCGGCAGCGGCUCCGGAGCAAGCUGGAGCAGGUGGUGGACACGAUGGCCCUGAGCAGCUGAGACCCUCGGCCAUCACCGCCCAGAGGGAGUUGCGUAAGAGGGCCCACAGGGCCGGCCUCCGUCCAGCAGCCAGAGCUGGGAGGCCCCGGAGGCAGCCUCGCCCCAACUGUGCCUCGUGCCAGCGCGCUCGGGGCCGGCCGUGCGGUUCAGCGUCCUCCCGGCCCUCUCCCUCCUCCUCCCACCUGGCGGGGGUCCUCGUUCUUGGUGUGGGUGACCACGCCCCUGCGGCACCUUCCAUGCCCAGCUGCUCGGCACAGGGCUGCAGGAGCCCAGGGUGACUGGGCGCUUCUCGGAAGAAUGGGGUGACCGCCAAGGCCCUGGGGGGCAGGCUGGAGCCCUCCGGGAAGGGCUGGCUAGCCCAGUCCAUCUCCUUGAGGCUGUGCUGCCAUGGUCGGGGGGGCCAGCACAAGGGGCCAGGAGGGCACCAGCUGUUCCCGGCUUGCUGGGCGGAUUGCCGGGCCCGGGGCCCGGAUGGCAGCCCCGAGGGAGGCUGAAGGCCGGGGGCCCGCCAAGGGGAGCUGGAGUCGGCCUUCCCACUGCUGCCUGCCACAUCCGGCACCCCCCACUCGCUGCCGCACGGCCACCACCAUCCUCCGAUUCACCGCGUGCUCUCCGCGGCCGCGGCCGAGGCCGGAGCACCACAUCAGCCUCGCCCAGAGAGGCCCCAGCUCCCUCCCGUGGAGGGGCUGCAGAACGGUUCACUCAGAGCCCUCAUGCGACUUCCAGAAGGACUCGGUGACUCCUUUCCUGUCCUCAGGGCUAUGCGUCUGGGAGCCGCUGGGGCCGGGGCUCCGGGUCACGAGCGCACGUUCCCGUUAUUUAUUCCCCCCUGCACAGCGCCACUCUUGGCUCCGGGCCCUGGGCGGGCGGGGCUGUCCGGCCCUGCGGGUCUGGGAGCAGCCCCUGAUCCCCUCCUCCCUCAUCCCUGUCUGUGUCCCCUGCUCUCCAUGUCCACCUUUAGCAGCUUCCAGUCUGGCAUCUCUGCAGCGUGCCGGCCCCUCAAGAGCGGUGGGAGGUCUGGGGGACUGGUUUGGAGUUUUUUUAGGGGAACAGAGGCACCCUGCUGCGCUCCGUGUGGGCAGCCGGGGCUGUGGCGGGGCCCCUGGGAGUAGGACGCAGUGACCAGAGGGCCUGGAGGUUGGCUCUGCCCCCCCACCCUCAGUGAGCAAGAAAGAACAAAUUUUUAAUUAAAAAAAAUUCUGUACAUAUAUAUAUGUAUAUAUAUAUGUGGCUCUAGCCUCAGUCUCCAGCCCCAGUGGGGUCUGUACAGUUACCUGGAGGAGGAGAGAUUUUACAGUGUAGUAUAAGGGAAAUUAAGGCAGUGGGGAAGCAAUACCAAAUGGUCGUGGGGGAUGUGGCUGGGGCUCCCCUGAGUGGAGCACCCCAAGGCCUCCGCCCCUCGACCUGCGGGUCACCCUGGUUUUGUUUUGACGUAAGAAGGAGCAAACUUGUCGCCGGCCCCAGAGCGUCCAGGGCGCAGGGCCGUGCAUUCCUGCAUGACCGUGCUAGCGUCUAGUCUGACUUGAUCUUUUUAAAACUGCAAGUGUUAAAUACUAGAGGUUGUUAGACCCCCUUUUUUAUGUUUUUUAAUUAAUCAGUGACUCAUGAAAGCAAACAAGCGGGCCCGGCCCCUUUACAAGUCCACUUUUUCGACGGUACUAAAGAUUCCUACGGACUUUAAGGGACAGCUAACUGUGGCCGGCCCCGUGCCCAUGGGCUGCCCGUCUGGGGGUCCCCCCUCCUAAGCAGCGUGAGCCACACCUCAGAGACCGGGCCGGGGGCGCCAGGAUAUCCCAGCAUUCCCGGCGUGGGAAGCUCCUGGAACGGGGCUGACCUGGGCGGGGGGUCCCCACAGGCGCCAGGCUGGGCUCAGGCUUCCCACUGCCGCGGGUGCCCCGUCAGAGCUCAAGCUGGCCUGGCCCCAGCGCAGCCCCUGUGGCCUCAAGCGGGGGCAGCUGAGCGGAGGCCGGCCCGUCUGGAGACCCGGCUGUCUGGGUGGCCACUUGCCUCGGCUGGACGCGCGUCCCUGGGUGGUCCCCUGGCCCGUCUGACGUUGCUGGGCCGGGCCUGGGAGCAAGCCCCCGUUUCCCCUCCGUCCCCGGAAAGUCUUCCCAGGGCACCGGCUUCUGCUCUAAGCCCUCGUUCUUCCAGUUCUGUGAUGGUUGGCCUGGGGCUCCUCAGCACCCGGGCCCCUCUUGAGAAUCAGUUCCAGCCCCUUCCUCUGCCCUCUUUGGCCCCCGCAGAGCUGAACCCCUGUGCUGGCCUGAGCGAGGCUGCGAGUUCCAGGGCGGGGGCCCGUCCACGUGCCCGUGUCCCCUGAACUGUGGGCGGGCAGGGCCGUGGCGGCAGGGGGAGGCCAAGCACUUUAGCAGUACCUGUUUACACGCGAGCCCAGGGAGCUGACCCUCAGCCUGCCCCGGCCAGGCAGCAGCUCCCGCACCUUCCUUGCUGCUGGCUCCUGCAGUUAGGCCCUGCCUUCUCCUUGUCACUGCUCCCCACGCCCUCCGAGUCUGUAGUAUCCUACCGGCACCUCUGCCUCUGCGCAUCCCCCCGUGGUGCCCCAAGCUCCGGCACUGGUGUGGGGGCCCUGGCAGGAGCCUGGGAUUGCAGCCCUGCUCUGCACACUGAGGGGAGUGCCAUGGUCCCGAAGGCCCCUGUGCAGCCCCAGGGCUUGGGGGAUCCAGGCCAGUGUGGGAUGCAAGGGCUCCCAGCCUGUCCCGGACACUGCUGCUAUUGCCACUGCUACAGGCCACCCCCCACCCCGAUCUGCAUGGUCUCAGGAGUGCCCUCAGACAGCCCAACCUCCGUCCGGGAGCCCCGUCUCUCCAUAUACCUCGAGCUUGCCCUGCCCUCCCUGACCCAGGGCCUGACGAGCCGGGGCUGGGGGCUGAGGGGAAGAGGGACCUGGAUCCCCCUAACGGCAGGCCCCUAGCAUCCCUCCCGCCCUCUGGUUUGGCCUGGCUGAGGCCCGGCUCCCCCGUUCUGGAUCUGAUGGCUCACGUCGUUGGUGCUACACAAGCUAGAGUAGAUAUAUUUAGAAAGAGAGAAAGAUAUUUUUAAGACGAAGCCCACAAUUAGCUGUCCCAUAACGCCACAGAGCCCCCACCCAAAAGAAGAGCGAUCACCCGGCCGCCCGAGCUGCCUACCGGGCUCUUGCUCCCGGGGCAGCGUGGCUGACGGGGCGGGCCGCUCAGCCCACGGGGUGUGUAAAUAUACGGCGGUUUCCUAUUUUACUGUUCCUCAGAUUUAGUACUUGUAAAUACACACACACAUUAAGGAGAGAUUAAACAUUUUUGCUAAACGUC